AACUGCGCAGGCGCAGAGCCGGGCCCGGGCGCGCAUGCGCUCCUCUUCCAAUGGCGGAUCCCGGCGGCGAUUUGUUCGACAGCAUCGUCCUGGCGGAGGAUCGAUUUCGUGGGAAAGGUUAUCAGGAAGGGUUUACAGAAGGAAGUCAUUUGGGAGAAACUGAGGGACAACGCUAUGGUUUAGCAAAUGGUGCCAAGAUUGGAUCAGAGGUUUCUUUUUACAAAGGUUUUGCCUAUACCUGGAAGUGUCUUCUUCAGAAUAACCAAGAUGUUAAGAGCAGGAAAAGGCUGAAAGUCCUAAAUUCAAUGCUGGAAAUGGUUCAUCAGUUCCCAUAUGAAGACCCAACUUACGACAAGUUACAAGAGGACCUAGAAAAGAUGCGAGCUAAGUUUAAACAGGCAAUGACACCUGCUUCAAAGAUACUUGAGAGAACAGCGGAAUUAGACAUUGAUCUUUUGUGCCCCAUUUGUAUUCUGGAAUUUGUGUGCUGCAAAGUUGAAGGUACUUUGCACUAGCAUUAAACAGGGAGUGUAAAUUAAAUGUAAGAACUUGAGCUCGUUACAAAGUGAAAUACAAUGAGACACUUUAAUCUAGAAGAUUGUCUGUUAAAAUGACUAGACUGCCUGCAAAACAAUUUUGCUUCCCAUUGAUGAUGUUUUCUGCAGCCUAUGAACUAACGGUGUUUACAGUAUGGAGUUGUUUAAUAAGUACACAGAAUGGGUGAGGACUAAAUAAAUAUGGCUGGCAAAAGAAGUGA